UUCACCAGCAACUUUGAUGUGUGUUGCAAAAUACCCCAUAAACUUUUAUUUUUAAAUGUUACCAUUUUAAUGUUACCAAUUACCAUUAUUUUUUGCUAUUGAGAAUAAAUAACAAAAUUGGGUGCAAUACUUUUUUUUCUUUCUCAGAAGUCCUUGAUCCCAAAUACAGCAAUCCUUAGCCUGCUCUGGAAUCUUGAACACAACUACACCUGGUUCAAUUCAGUAUUAUACCACUGCAGCACUGCUGGCACUUAAGGAAAGAAGAAUCUUACUAGAGGAAGUGGUGAAAAUUUGAACAACCCCACCUGAAAACCUGCGCGUGCACGGAGAGUAUCUAAUACACAUUAAUAAGGUAGUCUGCCUUCCCAUCAUUCGUAUAUACCAGUGUUUGGUUUGGAACAAAAUGGAACCUGGGACCAGUGUAACAAGACGUGAUGCAUGUCCAUCAGUCCCCUCAGCCUCUGCUGCUCCAGAGAAAACAACCCUAGUUUGUCCCACCUCUCAUGAUAGUACAUGCCUUCUGAACCAAGCAGCAUUCUGAUAAAUCUCUCCUGCACCUUUUCCAACCUUCCUUUAGUGGGGCAACUAGAACUGUAUGAUAUGCUCCAGCUGUGCCCAAAAUAGAGUUUUAUAAAGUUGCAACAAUUUCGUGACUUGAACUCAAUGCUUCGACUAAUAAAAACAAGCAUUCCAUAAGCCUCCUUAACCACCAUAUCAACAUGUGUACCCACUUUCAUGGAGCUAUAAACAUGGACCCCAAGAUCUCACCGCUCAGCAACACCGUUAGGGUCUUGCCCUUAACAAGUCGCCUUGCAUCUACCCAAGGUGCAAUACCUCAUUUACCUGGGUUAAACUCCAUCUGCCAUUUCUUUGCCCAUUACCUGCAACUGUUCUGUUUCACGCUGUAUUCUUUGCCUUCUGAUGAGGCACCUCUCACCUGAUAUUAACUCUAGUUCUCUCUCCCCAGAUGCUGCCUAACCCAUGUAGCUCUGGCACUCAAAAAAUGUCUGUCUUUGCCUAAAAUAUCACAGCCUUUUGAGAAUGAGUUUUCCAAAGAUUCACCAGCAUAAGCGAUUCAUCUCUCCAAACACCCUUUUCACAGGGGAUCACUGCAGGGCACAAUAUCAAACACUGAUACAUUCUGGCAUUCUCGGUCCUGAAGUCCUUGCACAGGGAUACUUACUAAGAGACAUCACGCUGGAGUGCCAGAAACCUCACAUAAACCCUGCCCUCCAUGGUACUGCUGCUGGCCAGAUGCCUCUGUGAAUUCCUACCCUCUCAGUUGGCAUUCUCACAGCAAUGAAUCACCACCCACAACUCAGUGUGAAGAGGCUAUCGGUGCAGGUUGGGGUUGGGCAAGAAAAUGCAAGUGAUGUGGUCACUCAGCCGAUUGGGCUGCAUGCUGGCCGACACAGUGUGCAGACUGUUGCUGGCAACCAGCAACACCGGCUCCAUGUACUGACCAAACACCCAAAUCCUACAGUUUUUCUCAUCACCUCCAGCUGAAUGUGAUGGAAACUGCUGUUAGCCACCACCAAGACUUCUAUGUGUUAACAACCUUCAACAGUAGUCAGUGCCCAUUGUGCUUCUCAGCAUAUUUAAAGAACUUAGUGAAAUUUCAAUACUAUAUUGAAAGAGUUAUGAAGCAUACAGAGAGGGGAAGACAGCAACUUUUCACAGCCCCACAACUUCACUUUAUUUGAAUAGUACAUGCUCCACGAUGUACUCCAUUUGCCAGAUCUUUGCCCACUUCAAAUGGCUAUAUCUUUUGAAGUUUCCAUAUAUCCUCCCCACAACUUACUUUCUAACUUUUGUGUCAAUAAACUAAGCAACCUAUCUACAGGAAUGCUAUCAAUGAGCUUGGAAGAGUGCAAAAAAAAUUUACAAAGAUGUUUCGAGACUUGAGGACCUACCAGAACUUGAUAGGGAAAGGUUGAAUAGGGCAGGACCUUAUUCCCUGAAAUGCAGAAGAAUGAGGGGAGAUCUUAUACAGGUAUACAAAAUUAUAGGCCUAAUAGGGUAAAUAAAUGCAAGCUUUUUUCUGGAGGCUCGGUGAGACUAGAACUAGAUGUCAUAGGUUUAGGGUGAAAGGUGAAAUGUUUAAGGGGAACCUGAGGGAAAACAAGUUCACUCAGAGAGUGAUGCAAGUGUGGAACAAGCCAUCAGCAGAAGUUCAAUUGCAGCACUUAAGAGAAGUUUGGAUAGAUACGCGGAUGGGAAGGCCAUGGUCCAGCACAGAUUCAUCUACAUGUGUCUUCACUCACACCAUUUAACUAAAUUACAUGAAACUAAGGACCAGCGCCAAUCCCUGUGACAAACCACUCAACCUGUCCUGCCAAACAGAAAAAAAACAUUUAUGCUCACUCUUCUGUGAGCCGGCCAAUCUUCUAUCCAUAUCAACACGCUACUUCCUACACCUUGAGCGUUCAUUUUUCAUUAUAACCCCUGAGCAGCAUUUCAUCAAUUGGUUUCUGAAGAUUUCAUCACAGUACAAUGCACCACUUCCCCCCUAUUUACAGAAUGUUACUUCUUCCAAAGACUUUAAUAAAUUAGUCAAACAUUAUCUUCCUUUCACAAAACCACCCUGGUUUUGUCAGAUUAUUUUGAUAUCAUUAAGUGCAUUACAUUUUCCCAUGACUAGUUUUAAGCAAACUGUCCCUGUUUUCUCAGCAAGUCAGGCAGCACCUAUGGAGGGAAAUAAAGAGCUAAUGUUUCAGGCUGAGACCCUUCAUCAGCACUGGAAAGGAAGGAGGUAGAAGCCAGAUUAAGAAGCUGGGGGGAAGGAAAGGAGUACAAGCUGGCAGGUGAUAGGUCAGAUCAGGUGACUAGGGAUGAAGUAAGAGGCUAGGAGGAGAUAGGUGGAAGAGAUGAAAAAGAAAGAAUCUGAUUGGAUAGGACAGUGGACCAUGGAAAAAAGAGAAGUAGGGGCACUAGAGGGAGGUGAUGGGCAGAUGAGAAAGGGCGUAAGGGUUUACAGAAUGAGGAACAAAAAAGAGAGAAGUGGGGGGGAGAAGUUACCCAAAUUUAGAGGAAUUGAUAUUCAAAUUGAAGGCUACCCAGACAGAAUAUGGGUAGAUACUGGGAGAUCCUGCCUUUUGCAUCAGAAAGAGCAAAGGUGCUUGACAAAGUGGUCCUCCAAUCUGCGUCAGAUCUCAGAAAUGUACAGGAUGUAGCACCGGGAGCUUUGGAUACAAGACCCUGACAGACUCAUGGGUGUAUCACGUCACAAGGAAGAACUUUGGUAUGGGAGGAGGUGUAGCAUGUCAUGCUCAAACACAGUAUCUGGUGUGGCUUCCUUUACAUCGGUGAGACCAGACAUAGAUUGGGGGACCGUUUCGUCAAUUUCCUUCACUAUGUCUGCCACAAGGCACAGGAUCUCCUGGUGGCUACCCAUUUCUGUUCAACUUCCCAUUCCUAUUCUGACACAUCUUUCCAUGACUGCCUCUACUGCCAUGAUGAGGACAAGCUCAAGUUGGAGGAGGAACACCUCAUUUCCAGUCUGGGUAGCCUCCAACCUGAUGGGAUGAACAUUGAUUUUCUAUAAAUUCUGGUAAUUUAUACCCUUCCCUCCUCUCUUUUCCCAUUCCCCAUUCUAGUUACCCUCUCAUCUCUUCUCACUUGCUCAUCACCUCCCUCUGGUUACUCUUCUCACCUUUCUUCCACGGUGCACAGUCCUCUAUCAGAUUCCUUCUCUUUCAACCCUUUACUUCUUGCACCUAUCCCCUCCCAGCUUUACUUCAUUACCUCGCCUGUUUUUACCUAUCACCUACCAGCUCGUACUCCUUCCCUUAAGACCAUAAGGUAUAGGAGCAGAAUUAGGCCAUUUGGCCCAUUGAGUGUGCUCCACCAUUUCAUUAUGGCUGAUCCAUUUUCCCCUCAGCCCCAAUCUCCUGCCUUUUCCCCAUAUCCCUUCAUGCCCUGACUAAACAAAAAUCAAUCAACCUCUGCCUUAAAUAUACACAACGACUUAGCCUCCACAGCUGCCUGUGGUAAUGGAUUCCACAGAUUCACUACUCUCUGGCUAAAGAAAUUUGUCCUCAUCACUGUUCUAAAAGGACAUCCCUCUAUUCUGAGGCAGUGGCCCCUGGCCUUAGACUUCCCCACUAUAAGAAACAUCCUUUCCAUAUCCACCCUUCAAGGCCUUUCAACAUUCAAUAGGCUUCAAUGAUGUCACCAUUCUGAAUUCCAGUGAGUAGAGGCCCAGGGCUAUCAAACGUGUCUCAUAUGACAAGCCUUUUAAUAUCCCAGAAUCAUUUUUGUAAACCUCCUUUGAAUACUCUUCAACAUCAGCACAUCCUUUCCUAGAUAACGGCCUAAAACUGCUCACAAUACUCCAAGUGAGGCCACAUCAUAAAGUCUCAAUUUUGUAUCCUUGUUUUUAUAUUCUAGUCCUCUUUAAAUGAAUACUAACAUUGCACUUGCCUUCACCACCUGCAAAUUAACCUAUAUGGAAUCCUGCACAAGGGCACCCAAGUCCAUUUGCACCUCAGAUUUUUGAAUUCUCUCCAUUUAGAAAAUACUUUAUGCUUUUAUUUCUUCUACCAAAGUGCAUGACCAUACACUUCCUGACACUAUAUUCCAUCUGCCAUUCCUUUGCCCUUUCUCCUAAUCUGUCUAAGUCUUUCUGUAGCCUCUCUACUUCCUCAAAACCAUCUGCCCCUCCACCUAUCUUCAUAUCGUCUGCAAAUUUGGCCACAAAGCCAUCAAUUCCAACAUCCAAAUCAUUGACAUAUAACGUAAAAGGAAGCGGUCCCAACACAGACCCCUGUGGAAUACCAUUACUCACCAGCAACCAAACAGAAAAGGCUCCCUUUAUUCCCACCUUUUGCCUCCUGCAAAUCAACUUAUGCUCUAUCCAUGCCAGUAUCUUUCUUGCUAUGUCAUGGGCUCUUAACUUGUUAAACAGCCUUAUCUGUGGCAUCUUCUCUUUUUUUGCAUGUGCCUGCGUGCGUGCGAGUCUGUAUGUGUGCGUCUGCGGGUGCAUGCAUGUGUGUCUGUGCCUGUGCGUCUGCGUGUCCGUGCGUGCGUCCGUGAUGAUGUCUUUUUUCAUGGCUUUUACAAGGCGCGGAGCGAGAAAGCGAGAGCGAGAGACAGACCCUGUGGCGCGCCACACCUCACACAAACAUUUUCGCAGUAUUUUCCCUUUAUUUUAUGAGGUCGAGUUGCGUUCUCGACAUUCAACCCGGCACGGAUGGAAAGCGUACUCGGGGCGGACCCAACCAGUUCUGAACCCGGGAACCUCCGCUCCCAGUUCCGGCGCCGAUGUCGUUGCGGUGUGGCACCUUCUCAAAGGCCUUCUGAAAAUCCAAGUACUCCCCUCCAACCACUUUCAUAUUCUGGCUUCUUCCCCCUUCUUUUCCUGUCCUGAUAAAGAGUCUCAGCCCAAAAAGCUGACUGUUUACAUGUUGCCUGGUUUGCUGAGUUCCUCCAGUAUUUUGUGUGCAUUGCUUAAGAUUUCCAGCAUCUGCUGAAUCUCCUGUAUCCCUGGUUUCUGUCUUCCUUCCAUCAAAUGGUGCCUUCACCCAAUUUGUGGAAUUUUAGAGAACUACAAUCACCUUUCUCACUAGCCACACCUUUGAAGAACCAAGGAUUGAGUCCAUGAGGACCCUGAAUCAUUGGCCCAUCAACCUGGUUGGUACUAAAUCUCUGCUGUGGUAAAUUUCCUAAGCUCUUCCUUCCUUUCCAAAUCCUGAUAUUGAGAUAUUCCUGAGACGUUACUUAAGUCCAAUAUAGUAUAGAUUGAUGCCAAAAGUCUGUUUUGAUUCACUUACUCCCUGCCUAUCCAUUAAUUCCCUUUUAUAGACUCACAGUUACAGGACCAACACACUUCAGAUUUUGUUUCUAAAUACAGUAUUUAAUCCUCAGAGGGAUCAGAAGCAGAGAGAAUGAGCAAUUUCUAGUUCCUGGGUGUCAAAAUCUCUGAGGAUCUAACCUGGUGCUAACAUAUCCAUGCAGCUAUAAAGAAGGCAAAGUAGCGGCUAUAUUUCAUUAGGAGUUUGAAGAGAUUUGGUUUGUCGAAAACUUCUAUGGAUGUGCUGUGGAGAACAUUCUGACAGGCUGCAUCACUGUCUGGUAUGGGAGUCUAUUACACAGGACCAAAAGAAGUUACAGAAAGUUGCAAAAUUAGUCAACUACCUCUUGGGUACGAGCCUUCUAUAUUAUCAUGUACUGGAUUGUACUGCUGCUGCUAAGUUAAAUUUCAUGACACAUGCCGGUGAUAAUAAACCUGAUUCUGAUUAUAUUUUUGAUUGUUUUUCCCUUCCUUAUUAACCCUCAAGUUAUUCUUCACUUCUGUUUUGAUGUAUUCUGUCCAAUCUUCUGACCUGCUUAUACUUCGCAUUAAAAUUAGGUUGGUAUAUUUUUUUGUUAAGACAAAGAAAAUCUACAUGGAAUAGAGAACAGUGCAAGUGAUUGAACUGGCAAAUAAAUGCACAAGAGGGCAGAGGUUAUCAUGUUCUAGUAAUGCUAUACACCUGCCAGGAAACUCCAUCCUAUUGAGUUUCAGUUUAUUUACCAGAUCAUGCUGUCUGUAUUGUGAAUCUAAAUGCUAAAAGCUACGAACAAGGAUACACAAUAUAAACUAGAAUGCACAAUACAGAAAAGGUUAAAAGUAGAGUCCGAAAGAAAUAUGGGUAAUUAUUUUGAAGUGAUAGUGUACAAGACCAGGGAAGUCAUGAAGAACUUGCUCAACCGCAAAUGGAGCACUGUGUCCCGUUCCAAACACCAUACUUCAGGAACAAAGUGAAGGCCUUAGAAAGAGUGCAGAAGAUAUUUAUUAGAAUGAUUCCAUGGAUGAAGAAUAUUAUUAACUUGGUUAGACUGGAGAAGGUGGAGAAAGCUAGCAGAAAAGUAUUUAAGUUAUGAAUGGUCUAGCCAGAGUAGGUUGGAACUGUUCCUGAAGUUGUAACAUUACUGUCUAACGCCUUGGCAUGAUGCUAAAACAAAACUAUUCAGUAUUCUGAAAAUUGAAAACCACAACAGACACUUCAAUACCAAACCUUUAACAAUAUAACUGAUUUUCAGAGUUUACAAGAUCAGAAAGCAGUAUUUCUUCACAGAAUCAGCACCAAUGUUACGACUCUAUGAAUCGAAUAAACACUCUGCAGAUAACCAGAUCUUGAUCUUAAAACAGAUGACAUACAAAUGGUUCAUAAGGAUAGUAUUACUGGACAAAGUGUCUUCUGGAGCACAGCAGAUCUGCAGGAAUGUUUCAUCAAUAGCAAUCAACCCUCCUGGUCUUGGGAGAAGAUUCCAUACAGGUAGGGAAUUUUGUUUUUUGAAAGGAAAAAAAAUGUCAAAACAGGAUGUAGAAAAUUGCAGGGAAAUGGAGAAAUGGAGGGGAAACUUUGCCAUCCCUUCCCUGCCACCAAAAAUACAAUUUUCCAUACCAUUCUCUAUAUGUUUUUUAACCAAUUCUUUUGGAAUUGUAAUAUCUCAUAUUCCAAGUUCCUAUAUGAAAAGUAAACUCAAAAAUAUAGAAACUCUCUCUAGUUUCAAUAUUUCAAGAUAAACUAAGAUGGUAACACAAAAUUCAGAGAUACUAAUCAGAUAUAGAGCAAGUGCAAUAAAUAACUAAUAUAAAAUAAUUGCUAAUGGGACUACUACUUCAUUAAGAUUUACUAUCUUUUAUAAUUAAAAUCUACUUCUACUUAA